CAAACUUCAGAAUUUUGUGCAUGUGUAUGUGCGGUGUGUUUACCUUUCGUGCGGUUCCGUUUCAUUUUUGAGAAUAUUUAUAAAACUAUUAAAGAGAAAAUACAAAAAUGCCUGGAAACGAUUUAAUUUCCGAGCAAGGUCUCCGGUUGGAUGGAAGACGUGCGAAUGAACUUCGGCGAAUUCAGUGUAAAUUGGGUGUGUUUAGUCAGCCAGACGGAAGCGCCUAUCUGGAACAGGGAAAUACAAAAGUUCUGGCAGCUGUUUACGGACCGCAUCAAGCUUCAUCAAAGAAAAGCAGCCAUGACGAGGUUAUUGUCAACUGCCAAUACAGUAUGGCAACAUUUUCAACAGGCGAACGCAAAAACCGUCCUAGAGGAGAUCGAAAGUCCCAAGAGAUGACAAUCCAUUUGCGACAAGCCUUAAGUGCAGCAAUCAAGCUUGAACUGUAUCCGAAGUCUCAAAUUGACAUUUUCAUCGAAGUGCUGCAGGCAGACGGUGGCAAUUACUGCACAUCAAUAAAUGCAGCAACACUUGCCCUCAUCGAUGCAGGUAUCGCCCUCAAAGAAUAUGUGUGUGCAUGUACAGCAUCGUUGGCCAAUGGUGAUGUGCCAAUGAUGGAUAUAUCGCAUUUAGAAGAAGUGAGCGGUGGACCAACGUUGACUGUGGCAUCGUUACCGAAUUCGCAGCGAAUCGCCUUCAUGGAAAUGUCCCAACGGUUUCAUUUAGAUCACUUACCCAAAGUGCUCAAAAUGGCACUCGAUGGGUGCAAGGAGGUUCAGAUUAUUCUCGACAAAGCGGUGCGUGAACAUUUGGCACACGUCGGGUCGGCGUGUGAUUGGCAGAAUGUGGGCAAAUAAAUGAUUCAGAACUGAC